AUGGCGGCAAUGGCAUGGAGCUCGUCGUGGCUUGAGGUGCUACGUUCAGGUUCGUGCAGUGGUGGUGGUUGGCGGCAGCUGGUGGUGGAGGUGUGUUCUCCAGUGAUCCCGACGCCAUCCGGUGCUCUGGAUCCGCAAGUUCUGUUAUAUGGCGAGGAGCUCCGGCGAAAGCACUGCCUUGACCAAGUACUCAAGACACUGGCGAUCAGAGAAGCGUUGGCCUUGGCAAAUGACUUGUACAUCACGGUGAUUUGGUGCCCGAGCCCAGAUGAUCCUGAAAUCUUCGGCGCCAGUUCCAGGCUCGGGAUCCGAAUAAUUCGUUCUGACGCGUCUGACAUCGAGCGUGUAAAAAAGGACGUACGGUCCUUGCGGCGGCGCUCGUUCUGCACCGGCGGGCACGGAGAAAUGGAAGAUGGUGGGGUUGAGUUCCUGCUUGAUGUCAUUGGCAGGUUCCCAUUACGAGAGGAGUUCGCGGACAACCUCGAGCACCCAGAUCCGGUUCCCCUGGUCUUGUUACCAAACAGCGGAGCCGGCCUUGCCGUUCCUGCGGACUCAAAUACUGGGUCUGUUUGCGCUCAACAGCUCGGCGGCGAUGGGAAUGAUAUGGCAGGAGUUGGAGUCCGCCGUCGUGCGGAUGCAUCACCGACGAGGUUGACUCAGUCUACUGACAGAGUCAAUCCAGAGGUACCUGGGAGGACAAAAAGGUGUGAGCCCAAAUCCUCCCGCUGUUGGUCUGUCACUAAAAAAAGUCCAUAUACACCAGAAAGUUAUGGCUGGGCAGUGAGCCACCAGAUGACGAUGGACUCUAAAGUCAUGGGCUAUAGAGUUGAUUGGCUAAAGAAGUUCAUGUUCCCGGUGCAUUUCAUGGAUUGCUGGUCAUUAUAUAUCUUGGAUACCGAUAAGAAGAUUGUGAUGGUGCUUGACCCAAUGGAGACAAAUCUGUCGGAUGAGAUGAAAAUCAAGCAUGGGCCUCUAGCAAGGAAGUUUCAGCAGAAGUUAUGCACCCUAUUCAGUGACAUGUUCGGAGCCGGUUUGGUUGAGACCACUGGAUGGGAAGACAGUGGCGUAUAUGUUGCUCACUACGUCCUGGAGUUCACCGGUCUAUACCUUAGAUCAACUAUAACCCAGGGUCAGAUCGAGCACCUGCGCAAGAAGAUUGCAUACGAGAUAGUGAUCAUGAAGGGAAACUAG